AAAAGGAGGGGGCGAUGGCAGGCAGGUUCCGCCUCCCCCUGGCCCGCGUGCACACACGCGCCCACCGCGGCUCGGGCUGGCUGAGCGCGGGCGAGUGUGAGCGCGGGCGAGUGUGAGCGCGAGUGUGCGCACGCCGCGGAGAGCCUCUGCCCUCGCCUCGCACCCUGUUCAGGGCAUCUUGAGAGCCUGGAAACGUGAACAGGCUUAAAGUAUGGCAUGUUGCAAAGAUGGUUUCUGCCAAGAAGGUACCCGCGAUCGCUACGUCCUCCCGGGUCAGUUUCGCCCUCCUGCACUUCCUGUGCCUGGCGGCUUGUUUAAACGAAUCCCCAGGAGAGAACCAAAAGGAGGAGAAAUUAUGCCCGGAAAAUUUUACCCGCAUCCUGGACAGCUUACUCGAUGGUUAUGACAACAGGCUGCGUCCUGGAUUUGGGGGUCCUGUUACAGAAGUAAAAACUGAUAUAUAUGUCACCAGCUUUGGACCCGUCUCUGAUGUUGAAAUGGAAUACACAAUGGAUGUGUUCUUCAGACAGACAUGGAUUGACAAAAGACUAAAAUAUGAUGGCCCCAUUGAAAUUUUGAGAUUGAACAAUAUGAUGGUAACAAAAGUAUGGACCCCUGAUACUUUCUUCAGGAAUGGAAAGAAAUCGGUUUCACAUAAUAUGACAGCUCCAAAUAAGCUUUUUAGAAUUAUGAGAAAUGGCACUAUUUUAUACACAAUGAGACUCACCAUAAGUGCAGAGUGUCCCAUGAGAUUGGUGGAUUUCCCCAUGGAUGGUCAUGCAUGCCCUUUGAAAUUUGGAAGUUAUGCAUAUCCAAAGAGUGAGAUGAUUUAUACCUGGACAAAAGGUCCUGAGAAAUCAGUGGAAGUUCCAAAGGAGUCUUCGAGCUUAGUCCAAUAUGACUUGGUUGGGCAAACUGUAUCAAGUGAAACUAUCAAGUCUAUUACGGGUGAAUAUGUUGUUAUGACAGUUUAUUUCCACCUCAGGCGGAAGAUGGGUUACUUUAUGAUUCAAACAUACAUUCCGUGUAUAAUGACAGUGAUUCUUUCUCAAGUUUCGUUCUGGAUAAACAAGGAAUCAGUUCCAGCUAGGACUGUAUUUGGAAUAACCACAGUCCUCACCAUGACCACACUGAGCAUCAGUGCACGGCAUUCUUUGCCCAAAGUGUCCUACGCUACCGCCAUGGAUUGGUUCAUAGCUGUCUGCUUUGCUUUCGUAUUUUCCGCUCUUAUUGAGUUUGCUGCUGUCAAUUAUUUUACCAAUGUUCAAAUGGAAAAAGCCAAAAGGAAGUCAUCAAAAGCCCUCCAGGAAAUACCGGCUGCUCCAGUGCAGAGAGAAAAGCCUCCCGAAGCACCUAUGCAGAACACAAAUGCCAAUCUGAACAUGAGGAAAAGAACAAAUGCCUCAGUUCACUCUGAAUCUGACGUUGGCCACAGAACUGAGGUGGGAAACCAUUCAAGCAAAUCCUCCUCAGUUACCCAAGAAUCUUCUGAAGCCACAUCGCAGUCUUACUUAGCUUCCAGCCCAAACCCAUUCAGCCAUGCAAAUGCAGCUGAAACGAUUUCUGCAGCAAGAGCACCUCUAUCUGCUCCUCCUUCUACUCCUGGCAGAACUGGGUAUGUGUCCCAACAGGCUUCCACCCACCGUGUGUUUGGAUCAAGACUGGAGCGAAUUAAGACCACCGUUAAUACCACAGGGGGUCCUGGGAAGUUGUCAGCCACCACUCCUCCCCCUGCUCCACCACCACCUGGAUCUGGCACAAGCAAAAUAGACAAAUAUGCCCGCAUUCUCUUUCCAGUAACAUUCGGGGCAUUUAACAUGGUCUACUGGGUUGUUUAUUUAUCUAAGGACACUAUGGAGAAAUCAGAAAGUCUAAUGUAAUUUUGUUGCUAGAAUAGUUUCCUAAAAGAUGAUGAACUUAAUGCAGAAUGCCUUUUUAAAUGUUUUUAAAGAUAAACCAUUGUUCUUUAUUAAAAUAAAAAGUCUAUGUAAUUUUUACAUUUAAAAAAUUCAAGCCAGUUAUUGGGAGAGUUAAUUCAUUCCUCAGUGAAGAGAGAGUGAGCCAUCUUUCAUUGCAGAAAAAUGAUUUGAAUAGAAUCAAUUCAGCAUUCAAAUUACAUGAAUUGCAGACCAUCUUGGAAAUUUGGGACAAGAGAAAUAGGGCUAUUAGAGAUACAUGGCACAUACUUAUGCAUUGAAAUUUGAAAACAGACUAUGACAUCUUUUCAUAUACACUAUGAAUAUCAAUCAACCACCCAAAAUUUCCCAGUGGCACUGCCCUUAAUCCGAAUUGUUUAUUGGAUAUCAUAUGAGGUGACCUUUGGAGAUCCUGCUAGUACCUGCAAGAGAAGGACUUUCCUUGUUAAAUGAAACAUUUUGAAAAGGAAAUGGAACAAAGCAAAUACUGACCAAUGAGUGAAACCUCUGCUGCAUCUAAAACAAAAUCAGAGACCAGGGAAGAUGUGUUCCCUGUCUUACGUUGGCCAAACAGGACUUAACCCUCGACUUGAAAAUCUGUGCUUUGAGCCAAAGUUUAACUCAUUGUAUGAAUUCUUUUUUACAGUAGUUCAUUCAGUUAUGUAUUCUUUAACAUAUAGUUAUUCAGAGCCUACUGUGUUCCAGGCACUAUGCUACACACUGUCUCUCUAGGAAAGCUCUUUCACCUUUACCUACAAUAUUACUUGAAUAGUAGAACAGUCAGUGCAUGCUCAUGAAUCAUAAAUUAGCAGAAGAUGUCGCAUUCUUUAAUGGAAGAAAUUUAUUUAAAGUCUGAGAGCAAAUUGAAAAUACUUGUUUCUCCUAUAUUGUAGAGGGUAACAAUUAGUUUCACUAAUUGACUUCAAAAUAUAAUGAAAAUGUGUGCAGGUUGUUCUCUAAAUGAGAAGCACUGUGUACCUAAGAGUAGAAAUCUGGGCACUAUAAGAUCAUAUAAAUUAUUUGUCUCAAAUUUGAUCAGAAUAGUAGGAUAGAAUUUGAUCAGAACCAUAGACUCAUCAGAAUUAGGAACUCAACACAAGGCCUUUUAGAUGCUUUUCCCAACAUAGAUCUAUAUGGCUGGUGAAAUGCUAAUCGUCAGGAUAGUUUUUGUGUCGGUAGUUUUGUAUUUCCACUUCUCUGGAAGUUUAGUGUUUUGGGGAAGGGCAGUUUUUGUAUGGUUUCAUAACAAAGGUGAGUAUUUUAAAACUAAAAGAGCAGCAAAGGCAUGGAGUAAAGAAGAAAAAUCAUAGCCAAGGGGUAGGAUUCUGCUGACCCUGGUAAGCAAUUUAUCAGGAUUUUCACAUACUAACUUUUCUUUUUAAUUAUGUAGGCUUAACAACUUAAUUGAAUUUCUUGCAGCUGUCUUAUGACACUAAAUCUAUGUCUAGUUUUUUGUUGUGUUGCUUCCAGAUUUUUCUUCUACAUUUCUUUCUUUCUGAUCAGGGUUGUGUGAAUGAAUGUGUUCUGGAUGCUUGGGGAAACACUUUGAUAAAAAUGGCUACCUUCCAAACAGAAUCUCUUGUUUUUUUUGUUUGUUUGUUUGUUUUUAGAAAAGAAAUCAUAUUAAGUAUUUGCCAUUGGUUUUUAAGUUGUUGCAUUGCCUUGGAAUGGUUGUAUAUGAGAACUGUAAAUUGUGAAAAUGCCAAAUAUUAAUUGUGAGUCAUAUCUGAGAAUUCCUCUUUGGUUAUCACUCUAGGUAUAUCCUAGAAUCGCUAACAAUUUUAAGGCUGAAAGAUGCUUUAAAAAUCAUCCAAUACAAGUCCUCACUUAUAAGUUGAUGCCAGUAAUAUGAGGCCAAAUAAAAUUUGUAUAUGUGUAUAUAUUUAAUAAAGAGUACUUGUACAAAAGCUUAUCAUAAGUGAUUUUAUGAAUGUAAGUAGAUUUCUAGCCUUGAGGACAAUGCUUAAAAUUAUUGUUGGAAGCUAUGAUUAUUUAUUAUUCCAAGAAAUGACCUUAUUUCUUUAGUGAGGAAUAUAUUCCUUCUUUAUCCAUUGGUCUAUUCUUAAGAAAUAUCUUAUGGCUUCCUUUUUUUUUAAAAAAAAAAAGAAAGAAAUUCUUCUCCUAUAAAUAUCACAGAUUUUAAAGGGGUAAAAAUUAAUGAUGUUAGAAUUGCAGCCCAGGGAUCCAGGUGAAUGUAUAUUUUUCUUCUUUGUAUAUGAAGAAGAUUUUAAAAUAAAUCAGGUAGCCAAAUAAAGAGAAAGGGCAAAAUUAACUAAGGAUUCUUAAUUGUUAAUGUGAAGAGUAAAUUGACCAGAAAGUCUAAUCAUUGAUAUAAAAAGGAAUUUUUAUUUCACUUGCACAUGAUGUUUAUAAUAAUAAUAAUAAUGCAUAGUUUAUUUUCUCUAACUGAAUUUCAUUAUAUCGAGUCACGGCUACAUUUUUUUUUUUUAAAUUUUGGUCAUCAUUCCUAUCUUCCCAAUAACUCAGAGCUAUGUUAAACAAAACACUUCUGUGAAGAACCAGUCUUUUUACCAAUAGCAAAUCUUACAGGAGUCAUUAGGAGAGCUCAAAGUCUUGACAAUUUGUGAAGAAGUCUGGCUGAGAAUGGUAACUGUGUGUAUCUUGUCUUUUAAAGAUGAAAUUCAGAACCGUCUUACUCAGUACCAGUAUCUAUAUCCUAGCUUUCCACUCCAAGUUGAACCUUAUACGUAAUUACUUCCAAUUUACUCCAGGCAUGACUAGGUAUAAUAGCAUACUUAAAUGGUUAAUCUGCAGUUAAACAUGACUUGUAUUUGUUCAUAUACAGGGUAUUUGGAUAAUGUAUGUUUUAAGUCAGACCCCACAAAUCUUGAAUUAGAGAUGGCGGAAAGUAGAGCCACUCUCUUACCUACUGAUGGAAAUGAAUCAUAGAGAGGCUGGUGACAAAGACAAAAGCAAGGGACUGGAAUUAACUUUGAAAGGUCAUUUUUCAGUCACUUCACCUUAACAGUGACCAUGUUUCAAGCAAUAAGUAAAAAAUUUGUUUGUGGUUUAUUUUACCCAUGAACUAGUCAAUUCUGCCUGACCUAGAAAAAAAUCCCCACUCUGUUUUCCAAUUGUCCCCUCUUCAAGAUUUGUGAAUAACUUGCAGUGAAAAACACCAAGUGAAGACAUGGAUGACCUCAUUUCAUGUUCUGACUCUAUUUUGAUUUUAAAGGAGUCACUUAGGGGCACCUGGGUGGCUCAGUCUUCAAGCAUCUGCCUU